AUGGAUGGAUGGAUAUUUGAACGCUGUUGGAAAUUUUUUUGUAAUAAUAAUUCUCCAGUGCCAGCUCAUCGAUGGUUCAGACAUAUUUCAGAAGCGGCGGACGCAUAUAAACACAAAGACAGUUUUGGUAGGAAUCGUAGAGUAGUCGAUCCGUCGGCGCCAUUACCGCAAUCGCCACCCGAUACAGAAUCUGCUGCAUACGAAUCGCCGGAAAAAACCAAAGAGCCUGAUGACAGUCACGACAGCGACAGAAUCAAAGAUGGUAACGAUUUGGAUACGUCAGGUACAAGUCAGGAAGGAGGAGAUUCUAAUCAAAGCAACGAUAGCACUCAUAAACAACAGUCUACAUUGUCAACUUCUCACCCUUCACCCUCAGCCAUAUCUCCAGAAACUUCCGAACACGGAAGAAAAUCUGUUGAUUCAUCUCCAUCUCAGAGGAGGAAAGUGGAACAGGUUAGAUUAAGCACGGUUACGAAUUCUUUGGUUCAGCCAUCGGAAGUUGUUGUUUCACUUAAGCCAGUUUUAACAGCCGAACCUGUUCUGACUCCUUUAGAACAAAUAAGGGUUAAAGAUGAAGAAAUCAGAAAGGCGUUACUGGCCAAACAGCAACUUGUUGCCGACAUUCUUCACGUUCCAAAAGAAGAAUUUCAAACGAUUGCCGAAAUGGCUGGCGAACCUUCCGUUGAUAGAGAAGCAGCCGAAUUGGUUUUAGCUGCAGUUAAUCAAGCUAACGAAUUGGCUGCCGCAGUUAACGAAGCACUUAAAGUAACAGAUGAGGAAGCAGUUACCUAUACGUCUGAAGUAAUGCCCGGAUACUCUACAAGAGGGGGUCGACGAAAGACAAGACUGCCUGGUGUACCUGCCCAAAAGUUACAAGGGAUAUCAAAUUCAUUAAAUUAUCAAUUAACGCAACUUUUGAAAAUUGUUAAAGAGAGAGAUGAAGAACGGGAAAUGUUGCGAAAAGAAUUACAAAAGUGCAGAGAACAAAUUCACGUCCUUCACGAAACUCACAGAGAUUCCCAAAAGAGUCCAUCGCAUUCCAGAUCGAACGAAGAGGGAGGAGGAGGAGAUGAAUUUGGUGAAAUUGCACGAGAACCAGUUACCGAUUCUAAUGAUAAUGACAACGAGGAUGAGGGAAAUAUAACACGAUACAAUCACGAUACCCAAGAUUCAAAUCCUGAAAAUUUGGAGGUAUUCGUUGAUGCGUUAUCGGGGGAUAUGGAGGUGUUAGAAGCCCAAUCGGAAGCGUCUGAAACCGAAGAGGAACCUCCUGUUUGA